GGACCCAGCGGCUCACUGACCGUCCUGCUCCGGUGGAGACAACACGAGGGAGACACCGACAGGACCGGGAACCACCGACUGAUCCCCGGCUCCUGAGCUCGUUCCCCGGGGAACUGGGAGAAACUGGAAAACAAAGAGAGAAGACAUCUUUUAUUUUCUGAACGUGCUGUCGGUGCAGGUGAACUUUGAGCUCCAUCAUUGACUUGACUCAGUUUGAAACUUUUGAACCUCUCUGGAUGUCUCUCUCUGGAACAUGUUAGCGGCGGACAGUGGUUUGUGCUGCAGAGCCGAGCUGCUACUCGUCCCGGCUGCUCAGUGACCCGCCGCCCGUCCGUCAUCACAGCAGAGCCGAGCGAAGAAGCCAAACUCCGCCGACCUCCAUGGAGCGGUCACCGCGGCUCUGACUCUACCCAGGAAUGGAGCGCUCCUCCGGGACACAAGUGCACUGUUGAAGACCGCUGCAGCUGUCCUGCUAGCUCAUAGUUCAGAGUGGUUCUUUUACCUCUAAAACGUGUAGCACUGCCAUUAAAAGUCGGUCAAGACAUUAUUUCGCCAUGUCCCCCCCCUCGCGGGCCCGCUGCCCCUGGUUGCUCUGGAGACGGACCCUGCUCGCGCUGUGGCUGUGCGCGCUCGGGGCGCGUGCAGCGGAGGAUGGGGGCUCCUUCAACGCGGAGUCAUGGCUGAGGAUGUAUGGUUACCUGCCCCAGGCCAGCAGACAGAUGUCGACCAUGCGAUCAGCUCAGAUCCUAUCCAACUCCAUCAGCGAUAUGCAGCGGUUCUAUGGUCUGGAGGUCACCGGACAGAUGGACCCUCAAACCAUCAGCGCCAUGAAGAGACCCCGCUGUGGUGUGCCUGACAAGUUUGGAGGCCAGAUCAAAACCAAUGUGCGGAAGAAGCGCUACGCCCUCACUGGACAUAAAUGGAACAAGAACCACCUCACAUACAGCAUCCAGAACUACACUCCCAAGAUCGGAGAGUAUAAUUCAUAUGAAGCCAUCCGGCGGGCCUUUAAAGUCUGGCAGAGGGUCACCCCAUUGACCUUUGACGAGAUCCCUUACCAGGAGAUCAAAUAUGGACGACGCAAGGAGCCCGACAUCAUGAUCUUCUUUGCUUCAGGUUUUCAUGGAGACAGCUCUCCUUUUGAUGGAGAGGGAGGAUUCCUCGCCCACGCCUACUUCCCUGGACCUGGAAUGGGCGGGGACACGCACUUUGAUUCCGAUGAGCCGUGGACAAUAGGAAACCAGAACAUACAAGGUAAUGACCUCUUCCUGGUCGCAAUCCACGAGCUGGGUCACGCCCUGGGUUUAGAGCACUCCAACAACCCACUGGCCAUCAUGGCUCCCUUCUACCAAUGGAUGGAGACUGAGAACUUCCAGCUGCCUGAGGACGACCGGAGGGGCAUCCAGCAGAUCUACGGUCACUCCGACAGUGGUCCCACCCAGGCCCUGCCCACAGUGACUCCACGUCGCCCGGAACCUCGGCCACCUCAAACACCACCUCGCCAUCCUGACCGUCCCAGAACCACUGAAAGGCCAGAUCACUAUGGACCCAAUAUCUGUGAGGGGAACUUUGAUACAGUCGCCAUGCUCAGAGGAGAGAUGUUUGUUUUCAAGGGCCGCUGGUUCUGGCGGGUGCGUCGGAACAGGGUACUGGAUAACUACCCCAUGCCCAUCAGUCACUUCUGGCGGGGUCUGCCUGGAGAUAUCGAUGCAGCCUAUGAAAGACACGACGGCAGGUUCGUCUUCUUUAAAGGAAACAGAUUCUGGCUUUUCAGGGAGGCUAACCUGGAACAUGGCUAUCCAAUGGAGCUGACUGAUUAUGGUCAGGAUAUUCCCUACGACCGAAUAGACACGGCCAUCUGGUGGGAGCCAUCCGGCUACACUUACUUCUUUCAAGGAGACUGGUACUGGCGUUUCAAUGAGCAGUCGCGCUCAGCUGACAGAGGCUACCCGAAACCAAUCAGCGUCUGGGGAUCGUCAGUGCCCUCUGCUCCCAAGGGGGCCUUCCUCAGCGAUGACGGAGCUUACACUUUCUUCUACAAGGGUUCCAAGUACUGGAAGUUUGACAACCACCGCAUGAAGAGUGAACCAGGCUACCCCAAGUCCAUACUAAGAGACUUCAUGGGCUGCAGUGUAGACCUGGACCCAGACAGAGACACAGACACCGACUCAGGGCGGAAAAUCCCAGAUGUGAACCGUCCGCCAUUUAACCCAGACGCAGGACGUGAAGGUGACCAGGACAAAGAACAGGACGGAACGGAUAAAGGUGGAACAGACAAAGACACGGGCAAGGGAUCAGACAGUGACAAAGACGAGGACUACCGCGAGGGCCGGGAGGAGGGCACCAACGAAGUGGACGUGGUGCUGAAGGUGGACGACAGCGAGGAGCGGACCAUGAACAUCCUGAUGGUAACCAUCCCACUGGUCUUGGUGCUGUGCAUCCUGGGAUUGAUCUACGCCAUCAUCAACACGCUGCAGAGCAAAGGGGCGCCGCGGCUGCUGGUGCACUGUAAGCGCUCACUGCAGGACUGGGUGUGACCCUGGACAUUAGGGGGACAAUGAACUUUGAACUUGAAUCUGAAUUUAGACACCCGCCUCCUCUAAUCCCAGCCUCUCCCUCAGUGACCCAUCUGUCUCACAUCUCUGUGCUUAGUGGCUCUGAAACUCUUAAUACUUGUGGUAGUAGAUCCACACACACAAAAACUAGAAUCAAGCAUAAAUUAUGUAUUACAUAUACACACACACUCGCACACACAUCAUCCUAACCUCCUCUUGUCUCCCAAGGUGCUCUACAAUGCGUUGACUGUAGUCUAUUUAUAUGAGAGAAGUUUGCACAUUUUUUUUUUGGUAUUUUUGUUUGGAUUCAUUUUGUGUGACUUUUUGUUAUUAUUUUUAUUUCUAAACCAGGAAGGCCGCUCUGUUCUCUCUUCCUCCCCCUUUCCCUAAUCUCAGUGGGGGCUUUUUCCUCUCUGAUAACUUGACAUCUGCGUAUGCUAUUACUCUUCCCACAAAAGAAAGACACAUGCAAAAGGCUGGAACAGACGGGUCACUAAACGUCCACGUAAGGUUUAGCUGUGUUCCUUCCUCCUUUCAUGAUCAUCUUCUUCACCUUGCUCCAUCUCCUUGCUUGUUUCUGCAGUAGAGCACAGUCUUCCAGAGUGUGAGAGCUGAGAUGGGAAGCAGCAGGGUUUGGUCCCAGCAGACAUUUCAGUUUUGACGUGGUUGUUAGUCUGAAGAUUGAAUCUGGAGUUGGGCUUGUUCUUCAUACAGAUGAUGCUUUAGUUUUAAGGGAUAAUUCCAAUCAACUCACAUCUUGUUUGUUGCAGUUUUAUCCAUUGAUUGUAAAAGUUGCUGGAGAACUUGUUGCGAUGGGAUUACUCCAUUUAACAUGCUGACAUACUCACUGGUCGAACCACACCCAGGUCUGAACCUUUAUUUUGAUCUCAGGUACAAACUUGUAGAGUUCAUGAUAGCAUCUUGCGCAGCUGUGACUCUAUGGAAGUGACAAAAACUGUCUACAGUGCAACAAACAUCAGUCGUUAAACCUGCUUCUGUGGUAGUUACGCUAAAGAUGUUUCAGACCUUACCUCAAGAGGAAGUCCUUAGAAGUGGGUCCAGAAUUUUUUCUAUCACACUAUCACACUUUUCUAUCUAUAGUCAGGCGAGGGGUGGUGCAGUAGGCAGAGGCAGUAUAGAACCUAUGAAUUGUGCUGCAGGGAUUUUUGUUUGCAGCACACCUACACUAGUGUCAGCUCAUAUGACCAAAGACCUAGUUCAAAGUUCAGUUCAUACAGAUGAAAAUGAACUAGUUCACGUUCAUUUGUUCCAUUUUUUAUUGGGAGGAUUUAGAUGAUAAACUUACCAUUAUGUAUGUAGUUACUAAUCGAUGGUGUCAGAUCAUGAAUCGGGAUCCUCUGGUCACUUUAACACUGAGUCCUGACUGUGAGCUUCACGUCUCGCGCUGUCCAGAGUCGCAAAAUGUUGAUGACUAAAACACUAAGUAAACUUCAUGCCCUAUGCAAUUGCCUCGUUAGCAUAUAUGGACUCUGUGGCUUUGCUCACAUCGGCUCCAUAUUUUUGCCAUGAUCACACCUAGUUAAAUGCUGAGAUCUGUGAAUUGGGCACGCAGCAUUAUUGCCAAAAUGAAAUCUAACACUUAGCUUAAAUGAGGACAGAUAUUAAAACUAUCAUCCAAACAAUAAUUAGUUCACUAAAUAAUUCACUAAAUAAUCACUAUCCACAGUCACAAUAUGAUAAAAAGAGGUGAUGACUAAAUCUACAAAAAUAAAUCCCAAUCUGUAACACAGCAUAAUUACCUUUUGAAGUCAGACUGCUUGUGCCUUGUUUUCCUUCUUUCUCUUGUGCCCACACAGUUGGACAAUAGGUCUACCUCUUUUCCUCUCCUUACUUGGAAACCAUUUAAAGACCUCUUUGGCUGAAAAGGUAAACAGACGUUUGAGGGUACCCUCUUCCUUUAGCUUUCAUUUAUGUGGCUAAUUCUCAUAGAGCCUCUUCUCUGUCAACAAUGAGACUCCAGAGGAGACAGACUAAUGGUUAAUUUAAAGUCAGCUCACUAUGAAAUAACACAGGAGAGGCAGCAUUUAUUGCAUCUGUGUGUGUUUGUGUGUGUGUGACAAAACAAGAGACAAAGCAAAGCCACAGCUUUUAAUUUCAGAGCAGGAUGUUGCACCACAAAACAACCCAGCAGUCACAGGGUGCAGCUAAUGUACCAAGGACUUAAUAACAGCCUUUUUACUGCUUGCGCUUUUUUUUUUUAAAGUAAGAAACCUCCCUGACAACCUGUGGUCUUUUUGUUAUAAAGAUAGUGAAGCUGUGAGCACCAGGGUGGGCUCGGGCUAUGCAGGCUCAUGUGAUCACAGACUAAUCCUCUUCAUUAAAAAACAGCAGGUGUGUGCAAAUGCUGUUCACCCCCGCGACCCCUAAACUAAACCUUGAACUUCAAGAAUGAAAACACAACCCCCUCCCACGAGCAGAGAUAGGAUAAAGGGUAGUGUGUACACAGGAACAAUUUUAUUAUUUUUAUGGUUUUUAACAUAUAGCUACUUUAGCUAUACUAAUUAUUUGCAAACUACUUUAAAAUACAUGCCAUAGAGUUUUUACUUUUGGUGGCAACCUUUGUUUUCCAUUCAUUCAUAGACGAUGUGAAAGUCACAAAAAUUAUUAUUGAUUCAAAAUCUGCCUAUAGAUUUUAAUGCUGUGACAUAAUUAAAAAAGGAAAAGGUUUUAAAUAGCAGUAAAGGGGCUAGUACCUGCAAAACCAGUGGUGUUGUCCUGUAAAAACUUGUCCAUGAAAGAGAAAAGAAAGAAAGCUAAGAUAAUUUCACUUGAGCUCAUUAUGGGUACAUUUUCAAGAAUUUAUUUUGGUACCUGUGAAUGUUUCAAGAUUUUAAAUGUAGUCCCAGCAACUGAUAAGACAAGGUUUUCCCAUCCUUGUUUUUUUUUUUUUAAUAAGAAAAUUAGCCCUUUGUUUGCAAACCAGGCUGAAGUGAGUGAGAGUGUAGGGCUGGAAGACUUGAGAGAGUGACCCCAAAUAGGAAUAGGAAGGAGGCUUAUCUGAGGCAGCAUUAGGUAAACUGCCCCCCUGACCAGAGGGGGCUCAGCUCACCCAGCUCAGGUUACACAGAUGUGGACGGGGAGGGUGAGGAGAGUCCAAAUUUCCUGCAGCUGAGACAAGGGUGGGGGAUGGGGGAGGGAGGCUGACCUCCUCUCCCUGAGCUUGCAAAGUUUGGAUUUCAGGAACAAGAGGGGGGGGGCAGAGAGAGAGAGAGAACUCUGAUGGCUCUAUCCCACUGGCAACAGCCCAUGUGACCCAAAUUCUCUCUGCUGGCUCAACAACAGUGCUGGUCAGAGAGGAAACUUCAAUUUACAGUAGGAGACAGACCUUCUUGAGGAAUGUGCGCUGUAAGUGCUUUGCUUGUAGUUGUCAGUGUGGCCCGUUACUUUUUCAGACUUUUUACAACAAACUAACUUAAACCUGCCUCGGUGGUAGUUCCGCUACCAUGAAGCCAUCUUAGGAUAUAACCUCUGGAGGAACUCCGAAGAAUAACGUAACACAUUCAUUCUGCUGCGGGGGUCAUGUGUUGUUGUUUGCAGCAGAAAAACCUGACAAACGUUUGUUUGAAAGCUCAGAGUCUCCUGAUCCAUCUGCACAAAGCAUCUCAAGGACCCCCUCACCACCACCAUAUCACUGCAACAGCUAUUGGCCCAGGAUUGAUUUUUUCUGGUUGUAAAAUUUAAAGACUUACCUUUCAAAGGAGAGCAGGGUUAUGACUGUAAUGAAAAAAAGGUUAAAGAACAGUCAUCUUUUUUUCUUUUUUUUACUUCAGGUAAAUCAUUUUCAGUCCUGUGUCCAAAUGUGAGCUGGAACUCUAAAGCACUAGCAGUUGGGCUUAUGCGUCCGGCCUCCAGCAAUGUGAGGACAGGUUGAGGUGACGUACCUCAGCAGACAGAGUCACAGUUAACAGGGCACUCGUGCUGAAAGGGGGAAAAAGGAAGAGCAAAAGCAGCUUCCACCAGAGGUCUGGAGAUUGAUCUGUGGCCAGUCGAUGGACGUUGCCAGGAAACGGUAUCCUGUGUCCAUCGCUCACCUCCUCAUCAUCAGGGUUGGUGUGUGGGGGGAGGGGUGUCUGGUUGGUUGGCGGACACAGCUAAUCAGUGUUAAAAGCACCCCCUCCCUCCUCUUCUUUCUCCUCCCCCUGCCCUGCUCUUCCCUCGAUCCUACAGACACAUCAAUGAGUGCUUGGACAGUCAAGCGUCUGCAAGGUUCUGAAAAUGCAGACUCACUGAUAAAAAGUUGUGUAUGGAGUUAAUUUUGAUAUAUAUAUAUAUUUCAAUCCUCACUUUCUCUCCUCUGUAACCUCCAUACAGAGAGCCCACAGGGACAUAACCACUUCAAAGCGAAAGCAACAACUUCAAAGUUGAAUAAGUCAAGUGUACCUGAGUUUUCUUUACUUGAAACCACAGUUUCGGCAGUUUGAGAGAUUCUCUGUAAAGGUGACACUGACUGGGAUUGAAUUCAGGACAGUUGAUCGUCUCAGGACAGCGAGCAGGGGAGGAAUGUUGAGAGGUUUGGGGAGAAAUCUGUCAGGGCUGAUUGAUGAGUGUGUGUGUGUGUGUGGACUUAAUCAGCUCUACAAUAAGCAAGGGCUGUUUUCCGACUGUAAAUUUCCCACACUGUCUCGAUCCCACCCCUCUUCAUACUCAGCCCGGCCCUCCAAGCCCCGAGGGGAUCAUAAUAACAACAAUGGCCUUCUCUCUCUCUCCCUUCCUCUCUUUUCACUCUCUUUCUCCUCCCCCCAUUUUCUCUCUCCCCUAUUCACACACAAACACAUUAUUCUCUUCUCCAGACUCACCUUCCUCCCCUCCCCACCCCUCCAUCAGGAAACGAGUCCAGGCCAAGGUCCAGCCUUAUGCAGCAGAGCCUGUUUUUAGAUCCACCUCCUUGUUCAGCAACAUUUAACACUUAAGCAAAGACACCAUACCUGUCAGGGUUUGAGUUUGUGGAACAAACACUUGUCACUGGGAGGUCACAUUUAAAUCUGAAGUUGCAAAAGACUUGAGCUGUUCUAUGUUAAUGCCUUGUAUGUUUCGAAGUGCGGGGCCUUGGUGCAAAGUUUGGGUAAGGUUAGGACAUUGCUGAGCUUGUCUGAGCUCUCGUCUCUCUCAAGAUGUGUUUGUGUAAACACUGCAUGUUAAGCCUUCCUGAUUCAGCCCUGCUGUUUUGGCUCUGAGCCCGGGAUUUAUACCUUCUUUUUUUUUUUUUCUUAUAUUUUCAUGAACAUCUCUGUUGAAACUGUCACAAUCAUUCAGAUGGCAAGUUGUCUUUUUGCUCUGUUCGUGCACUCCACUCUGUAUUUGUUGUGUUUCAGCUUCCUGCGAUAGCAGUCGAUCCCUGCGCUGCCUAAUAACCAGAAGGAUCAAACAACCAUUGCAUCAGCCACAUGCCAUGUCUGAAAUUAUGUCAGGAAAAAACAGAUCAAUAAAUAAAACUGAAAUGAUCAAAGAAGAAAAGACAGUCCAACCUGACGUAGAGGAAGACUGGGAUCUGUUUCAGUUUGACUGUGGUUAGUUCUGUGGCUUCUGAUGGCUCAACCCCAGAAGGAUUGUGGGUUCUCCUUUUUUCCCAGAGUGCAUCUCACCUUGCCCAUUGAGCCCAUGCACUCUGAAACCACUCAUCUGAAAUCAUCACUCAUCCGCUCUCCAUGGAACAGGACGGAACAGGAAAGAUGGCUGACAAAUGACUUUCAGCUUCCAUGUCGUCGCUUUGUCCAGAGUGAGUGCAGUGGAUCAGCUCUGGUUGAGAUUCAGACGAGCAUUGGAACUGACGAGGAGCCCACUUAGAGAAAACUGUUUUCAUCCACUAACUGCCGCUACAGUAGUUAUUGGAGCCAGUCGAUUCUGUACUGACCAUCAGUACUUAGCAUCUCACACUAGGUCCUCUUGAACUUCUGUCUUCAUUACUACCUGAGUAAUGGUUCAGUGACUUUCUGAAAAAAAAGAAAAAAAACUUUACCAUCAUCCCUGACUGGGUUCAAAUGGUGAGAAAAAAAUAUACAAAAAAAGCAGCCAAUCAAAACAUGAGGUUAUUGUUGGUCCUUGAUGAUUUGUCUUAUUUUGAUUUUAAUUUGUGAUUUUUUUUUCUCUUCUCUGUUAAUAACAUUCCAAUUAGAUUUUUUUGAUUGGUUGUUAGUGGGUGUUGUUUUUUCUGUAGGAAAUGUAAGAUUUUAUACAUAUGUGUUGUUGUGUGUUCACCUCUAGUUGAGUGUGUUAACAAGCCAUGCUGGACAUGUACACAUUAAAAAUUGCUCUGAAAAUAUUCAA